AAAAAAAAAAAUGGCCGAGGUCGGGAAAAUAUCUGCCAUGAGAAUAGCAAUGUCGUACGGCCCAGAGCUGAGUUUCUUGGUGCUUCUUCGUAUCCUGAUCGGCAUGUACAGAUCGGAUAUCAUUGAUCACGAAUCGAGGGUGAGGCCGACCCUGACCCCUCAAAGUAGUUACGAUUUCGUGAUAAUCGGGGGUGGCUCGGCCGGCUCGGUGUUGGCCAACCGAUUGUCGGAGAACAAUAAUUGGACGGUGUUGCUGCUGGAGGCGGGCGCCGAGGAGCCAGACUUCUCCGAUGUCCCCUCGAUAUUUCCCGUUCUCCAACUUACCCCCAUGGAUUGGCAAUUCAAGACGGAACCGUCCGACAAUUAUUGCAAAGCGAUGAGAGCUCACGAGUGCAACUGGCCACGUGGCAAGGUGCUAGGUGGAAGUAGCGUAUUGAACGUGAUGCUGUACAUUCGUGGGAACAAAAAGGAUUACGAUAAUUGGGAGAGGAUGGGUAACAGGGGAUGGAGCUACGAGAACGUGCUACCUUACUUCAAGAAAUCGGAGGACAUGAGGAUCGAGGAGUAUCGGGACUCCCCUUACCACCAGACAGGUGGACACCUGACCGUCGAAUACUUCCAUUAUCGGUUGUCCAUCAUCGAUUAUCUGAUGAAAGCCGGGACGGAGAUGGGGUACGACAUCGUUGACGUAAAUGGACCGAGGCAAACCGGGUUCACCUAUUCCCACGGAACGCUGAGGAAUGGAUUGAGAUGCAGCGCCGCCAAAGCUUUCCUCCGAUCCGUUUCCAAAAGGAGAAAUCUCCAUAUCAGUACGAAGUCGAUGGUGGAGAGGAUUUUGGUGAGACAAGAUGGAGGGAAGAAGAAGGCUUAUGGCGUUCAGUUUCGAGUAGGGAACUCGCGUCGAAUCGUGAGGGCCAAUAGGGAGGUGAUUGUGUCAGCGGGCGCGAUACAAUCGCCGCAGUUGUUAAUGGUGUCCGGGAUAGGCCCGAAGGAUCAUUUGAGAGAGUUGAACAUCUCCGUGGUCCACGAUGCGGCUGGAGUGGGAAGCAAUCUUCAGGAUCACGUGGCCAUAGGUGGAAUGAACUAUUUGGUGAGCAAACCGGCGAAUCUCACACGAUCCUUCACCUUCAACUUGAUGAAGACGAUCAACGCCCACUCGCUUAGAUUGUUCGCCAGGAAUUAUAGCGGACCCAUGUACUCUGUCAAUGUUGCCGAGGGCAUGGCCUUCAUCAACACCAAAUAUGCGAACGAAUCGGCAGAUUAUCCCGACAUACAACUGUUCCUCUCCUCCAUGGCCGACAACACGGACGGUGGACUGUUCGGGAAGCGAGACUGCAACAUUAUGGACAACUUUUACGAGCGUUUAUACGAGAAUAUCUUGUACCAAGACUCGUACAUGAUCAUGCCGUUGCUGCUGAGGCCAAAAAGCAGAGGAUACAUCAAGCUUCGCAGCAGAUACGUCAACGAUCAACCGAUCAUAGUUCCAAACUACUUCGACGACCCGCACGAUCUCGACGUUUUGGCGGAGGGGGCAAAGUUCAUCUACGACAUGAGCAAAACGGCAACGAUGAAACGACUGAGAGCCCGGCCAAAUCCCAACAAACUUUCCGAAUGUUCCUCGUUCGAGUAUCCGUCGGUCGAUUAUUGGCGUUGCUACGCCAGAUACUACACGAUGACCAUUUACCACCCGUGCGGGACGUGCAAAAUGGGGCCGGCUAGUGACAAAAUGGCGGUGGUCGACCCAAGGCUGAGGGUGCACGGUGUCGAGGGGCUGCGAGUGAUCGACGCCUCCAUCAUGCCCACGAUCAUUUCUGGAAAUACCAACGCGCCGACGAUCAUGAUCGCGGAGAAGGCUGCCGACAUGAUUAAGGAGGACUGGGGAGUUGAAAAAUUCCCUAGGAUAUUUCGAAGAAGGAAUUGAUCGAAAACUUUUGAAAUUUCAUUGCGAACAGAGGAGCAAAUUUUGUGAUUCUAUCGUCAAUGAAAUCACGAUUGUUUAGGGAUUUGAUAAAUCGAAAUUCCCUAGGAUAUUUCGAAGAAGGAAUCGAUCAACCUUGAUCGAAAACUUUUGAAAUUUCAUUGCAAGCAGAGGAGCAAAUUUUGUGAUUCUAUCGUUAAUGAUAUUAUGAUUGUUCAGGGAUUUGAUAAAUCGAAAUUCCCUAGGAUAUUUCGAAGAAGGAAUUGAUCGAAAACUUUUGAAAUUUUGUUGCGAAUAGACAAGUAUUUAAUCGACCAAAUUU